GUAAAAUGUCACCAGAUAUAUCACAUGUGUGCCCAGAGAUGCUCAUUUCUAUAUGGAGCAAUAGUAGCUUGUUUCUUCUUUACCUACAAAAAUACAAAUCUAAAUAUCCUCUCAUACGCUGUUGACCAUGUGCAACAUUAUUGGCCAAAGUAAUGCACUGUAAUGCAGUCUCUCUUUGGUGUGGGAUAUGAUCCCAUUUACAGAGAGGCUAAGUUGUAAUGUCCUAAAACAGACUAUUCAGUGCAUUAGAAUAUUCCAUUUGGUCAGACAUAAACUACCGUGUAUUUUUCUGGGAAAUGUUCCUUGAUGGAACAGUCAUAGUCCAUUCGCUGGAUGGGAUCAUAUAGCAUGUAAAAGCAUGAAAAGAAAUCAAUAAUUCAGUUUGUAAAGGUCUAUUAGAAGCGGCAACAAUCUGUGCCACCACACUUACUCAUUCACAGAUUGAAUGUGCUUAAUUUGUUCCUUAUCUAUUCUUCCUUAUUAAUGUGUUUCUACAUUUUGUAGGUCUGAACAUUUCUGCUUUUACCUUGACCUAUGAAUGAAUACACAUUUCUAUUUUGCUAAUUAACUUUGUAUGCUCAAAAGAUAAACACUUGAAAAACAGGCCUAAAGUGCUUAAGAGGUUGAUGUUGAGAUUAGAUGCUUUUAUGAUUAUGGCUUCAUAUAAUAACACCUAAUAACAUAUGAUACACACACAUAUGAUGCACAUUUAUUAAAACAUUAGAGACACAAAUACCAUUUUGUUGUUGUUGUUGAUAUUAAGAUAUGUGAGAUAACACUUUUUUCCAACGUAGACUUGGAAUAACAGCUUGGACUAUUAUCCAACAAACAAUUAACCUAACAUGAAAAAUGUGUUGCUUUGAACACAUAAAAAAUCGGACAUAUUGACUCACUGACAAGCGCCAUCUCCCAUCAGACAUUUUUGCAUGGACUCAAGAGUAUUUACCUUCCCUUGUGGCACCAUCAGAAGUGUGUUGGGUCAGCAACAUGGGGGACCCGGGUUCGGAGCCUGUGCUCACCGUGCAAAAACAUCUACCAUUCUAAUCAGCCAAAUCUUUUUCCCCUGGAUGGAACAUGUGUGCCGCACAAACCCAUUAGAAUCAAAAUAUGAUUAACGAUUCUGACAACACUAGUCACAAAUCUUGUGGAAUUUUAACCUAAUACUACAAAACGCAAUGCCUCUUCAGACAUUUAUGAUUUCCAGUGAUUUUUUAAAUGGACUCUUUGCACAGACUGGGAUGACAUGUUUCCACCAUAUUUAGCAGCAUAAAUCGAACAAACUUUUUUAUAUUUGUUUUCUCCCCUUUUCGCCCCAAUUUGGAAUGCCCAAUUCACAAUGUGCUCUAAGUCCUCAUGGUGCCGUAGUGACUCGCUUCAAUCCGGGUGGUGGAUGACAAAUCUCAGUUGCCUCUGCAUCUGAGACAGUCAAUCCAUGAAUCUUAUCACGUGGCUUGUUGAAUGUGUUACCGCGGAGACAUAGCGUGUGUGGAGGCUUCACACUAUCCUCUACAGCGUCCAUGCACAACUCAACAUGCAUGACAAUAUAGCGACCACAAGGAGGUUACCCCAUGCGACUCUACCCUCUCUAGCAACUGGGCCAAUGUUUGUUGCAUAGAAACCUGCCUGGAGUCAUUUAGCAUGCCCUGCUUUUUGAAAAAAAAUUUAUUAUUAUUUAGUAGUAAAAUGAUAACAUAAUUCUUUGCGUUAUAUUACCCUGGUACUAAUAUUAAGAACUAAUCUACACUGCUGCUAUGGGGUUAAAAAUACAGCUGUUGAUGGAGAUACAGUAAAUUUGGCAUCUUUUUCUCUUCUGAUUGCUGUAAUCCACCACUCUCUAUUUUGUUCUUGUUUUGGAAAGUCAUGGAAAAAUAAUAGUAGUUUUUUAGUCUUUUGCUGUUGGAGCAAAUGGGAAUGCAAAAUAAUAUUUGCGGUGGAAUCCCAUUCACCAUUAUAGAAGUUUACCCUGCAAUACUGUACUUCGGCAUUCCAAACCUGGAAAUGUGAAAAGGGUUCAUUCCAAAAGCUAUUAUGCUAUUGCUUUGGUAUUUGGGUCAUGGGUUUUAUCCUUCCUCAAUAUAUCUUUGUCCUAUAUCUGCCAAUGAUGUCAAUUUUUUGCAGCAUACCUGCAGUUGUGAAACUACAAGGCAAUCACGAUGAGCAAACCAAAAGACAGCAGUUUCGUAUCAUUCACUCUGGAGGUGGAUGACAGAACAGAAGAGGAGAGGGCCAAGGCCAAGCAAGCGAGGAAAGGUUGCUCUAAGGACAAGAUGCCCAUGGACUCUAAUUACCUGGAAGAUGUUGUGGCUGCUGCACCCAAAGUUAGAUUUAACUACCACUUUGACAGGCAAAUCAGACAAGCGAAAGAGGAACCAGCUGAACAGAACAGCAAGAACUUUACGAUUGAGGAUCUAUUUGAGGCGGCAUCCAGUGGCGACAUCUCUAAACUGCAGGGUUUACAGCAGUACCUGCAAAAAAGAAACAAACAUCUAACUGAUUCUUUAUAUAUGUCCAAUGGAAAGACAGCCCUGCUGAAAGCUCUUUUAAACUUGAAGAAUGGCGAGAAUGACACAGUUGAAUAUCUUCUUGACAUUGCAGAGAAAACAAACGAUUUACAGAAAUUCAUAAAUGCUGCAUACACAGACAGUUACUACAAAGGUCAGACAGCUCUCCAUGUUGCCAUUGAAAGGAGGAGUGCAAAGUUUGUAGAGAUGCUGGUAAAGAAAGGGGCAGACGUCCAUACUAAAGCCUGUGGGACAUUCUUUCAGCCCAAUAAAAGCAUGUGCUUCUAUUUUGGUGAGUUACCAUUGUCACUGGCUGCUUGCACAAAUCAGCCAGACAUUGUAGACUUUCUGAUGGAUAACCCUUACCAGCCAGUGGAUCUCCAAGAGAAGGACUCUCAUGGAAACAUGGUGCUUCAUGCCCUAGUAGAGGUGGCCGAUAAUAGUUCUGAGAACACAGAGUUUGUCAUUGACAUGUAUGACCACAUCUUAACCAAAGCUGCUCAACUUCACCCCAAGCUAAAGCUGGAGGAAAAUGAGAACAAUCAGGGACUAACUCCUAUCAAACUAGCAGCCAAGACAGGAAAAUGUGAGCUGUUCAGGCACAUUGUUCGGCGGGAGUUUAAAGAGUGCAGACACCUGUCACGGAAGAUCACAGAAUGGGUCUAUGGUCCAGUGUGCUCCUCUCUCUAUGAUCUUUCGUCCCUUGACACCUACAAGAAGAACUCUGUACUGGAGAUAGUUGUCUAUGGCAGUGAGAUUCCUAAUCGUCAUGAUAUGCUUAAUACUGAGCCACUCAAUAAACUACUAGAAGAAAAGUGGGACAGAUUUGCUCAACGGAUUUUCUUUUUCAACUUCUUUGUUUAUUUUGUCUACCUUUUCAUCUUCACUGCAGUUGCUUAUCAGCACCAACCAGGGGAGCCUCCACAUACUUACGGGAAUCAAAGGGAAGACUACCUGCUUCUUACAGGACACAUCAUAUCUGCCAUUGGAGCGCUUUACUUCUUUUUGAAAGGGUUAAUAGAUAUGGUCAGAAAGCGUCCAAGAUUUCAGACCCUGUUGAUAGACGGAUACACUGAUGAGCUUUUUUUUCUGCAGGCCCUACUCUUCAUGGUGUGUGCUGUACUGUACUUUCUUGGUAAGGAUGAAUAUCUGGCCUUUCUAGUUCUGUGCCUUGCUCUGAGCUGGGUAAACCUCCUCUACUUCUCCAGGGGGUCCAAAUUCAUGGGAAUCUACAGUGUUAUGAUCCAAAAGAUGAUUCUUGGAGAAAUUUGGCGAUUCCUUGUUGUAUACAUGGUCUUUCUCAUUGGAUUUUCUGCAGCUGUGGUAACGCUUCUUAAAAAACCUAAAGGCCGUUCUUUGAUCAACAUUUUGGAUGCAACUGACAACUGCGUGAAAACCUCAAUGCAUAGAAUUUACUUCAUCACUCUGGAGAUGUUUAAAUUUACGAUUGGUAUAGGAGAUCUGGAGUUCACAGAUCAAUAUAAAUAUAAGGAGGUGUUUUAUCUGCUGUUGAUCGUCUAUAUUGUACUGACGUACAUCCUGCUGCUGAACAUGCUGAUAGCACUGAUGAAUAAAAGUGUGGAGGAGAUGUUCAAUGAGAGCACCAGAAUCUGGAAACUACAGCGUGCGAUCACCACCUUGGACAUAGAGUGGAUUCUUCCUCGCUGUCUAAAAAAAAGGCUGCGCUCAGGGGUAAUGAAGGACCUGGGCAGGGGGCAAGAACCGGAUCAACGCUGGUGCUUCAGUGUGGAAGAAGUCAACUGGAAUCAGUGGAACAGAAACCUUGGUAUAGUGAACGAGGAUCCUAGGAAUUUAUGCAUGCACGUACCAUCCCCAACUGAACACCAGAAAGAGCCUAGAUGGGGUGGAAUCGAGCAAGUUUUCAGUAUAUGGGGAACACUAAGACGCACACGGCGCAGCAAUACAGAGGAGUUAUCCUCUAGCCGAGGUCUCAAUCUCUGAUGGUCUUUUGGUGACAAAUACCACCAGUGGACUGUGAAUCACUGCGUAAUAGUGUAUAUGUGAUGUGCCAGGUUUUGAACACCUUUUGUACACACACACACACAAAAAAAAACUGUAUAAAGCAUGAAUGCUUGCCAUGGAUACCUUUUAUAAAAGUUUUUUUUUGUGUUUUAGGUAAAUAGCCCUAUACAUGGUUCCCACAUUUUCAAACUAAUAGAUUUCCAUUUCCACUUUUCAAUUCGUUCAUGUUAUUAGACAAGGAAUUUUACAAAUAAUUUAUAAAUAGGGUCAUUUUUAACCAAUUUUCAAAUUUGGAGCUGAUCUUAACAAGGGAGAAAAACAUUUAUUCACAACAACUUUUUUUGUAUUAAUUUCCAGGCCUGGAAAAUCACAAGUUUAAAUUCUCUGGAAUUUCCAGAUUUUCCAUGACUGUGGGAACCCAGCCUAUAAUGGCAAUUUUCCACUGCACGUUACAGUUUGACUCGCCUCAACUCUACUCGCUUUACAUUUCUGAGCUUGCAUUUCCAGUUUACAAGGGUGGGAUUAUAGGAUGAUCGUCAUAGUUGCGCCACCUCUACUGCCAUGACAUCAUCGUAAACACGACACAAACUGACCAAAACAAUAACACAACUGCUAGCUGUUAGCUACUAGCUUAUUGUGCUGCAAAAAGCAGUUGUUGAUUUAACACAAGUGUAACAGUUAA